AGUAAGGAAGUCACUCACAGGGUCUUUACUACUCUUUGGAAGCCUUCCUGCCUCCUGUCCUCCUCCAGCAGCAGCUUUUUCGGCUUUUUUAAGCAGAGUCAACCACCCUUAAAACCGCAACCAUGAGCAGAAGCUUCAGCGCCAAGUCCUACUCUGGACCAUCUUCCAGGAACACCGUGGUGUCCCGCAGCAUCCGUUCCGGGUCUGGAGGCUUUGGCAACAACCAGGGCAGUAGCUUCAGUGUCAGAAGCUCCAACUAUGGUGGAGUCGGCAGUGGGUUCAGCAGCGGUGGCGGCUUUGCCAGCGGUGGUGGUUCAUUCUCCAGCGGUGGCGGGUCAUAUGGCGGCGGCGCCGGUUACAUGAACCAGACCAUCACACCUGUGACAGUCAACCAGAGCCUCCUGGCCCCCGUCAGCGUGGACAUCGACCCCCUGAUCCAGGCCGUCCGCACCCAGGAGAAGGACCAGAUCAAGACCCUGAACAACCGCUUCGCCUCCUUCAUCGACAAGGUGCGCUUCUUGGAGCAGCAGAACAAGAUGCUGGAGACCAAGUGGAAGCUGCUCCAGGAACAGACCACCGCACACUCCAACAUCGACGCCAUGUUUGAGGCCUACAUCUCCAACCUGCGCAGACAGCUCGACGGCCUGGGCAAUGAGAAGAUGAAGAUGGAGGGAGAGCUGAGGAACAUGCAGGGAAAUGUGGAGGACUUCAAGAACAAGUAUGAAGAUGAAAUCAACAAGCGUGCCGCAGCUGAGAAUGAGUUUGUGCUGCUGAAGAAGGAUGUCGAUGGUGCCUACAUGAACAAGGUCGAGUUGGAGGCUAAGGUUGACGCACUUCAGGAUGAGAUCAACUUCCUCCGGGCCAUCUAUGAGACCGAGCUCCGUGAGCUGCAGAGCCAGAUCAAGGACACCUCAGUCAUCGUGGAGAUGGACAACAGCAGGAGCCUGGACAUGGACUCCAUCGUCGCCGAAGUGCGGGCUCAGUAUGAGGACAUCGCCAACCGCAGCAGAGCAGAGGCCGAGGACUGGUACAAACAGAAGUACGAGGAGAUGUCGACCUCUGCUGGCCAGUACGGGGAGGACCUUCGCUCGACAAAGGCUGAGAUGGCUGAGCUGAACCGCAUGAUCGCCCGCCUUCAGAACGAAAUCGAUUCCGUCAAGACACAGAGGGCUUCUCUGGAAGCACAGAUCGCAGAGGCUGAGGAGCGCGGUGAGCUGGCAGUGAAGGACGCCAAGCUCCGCAUCAGAGAUCUGGAGGAUGCCCUCCAGAGAGCCAAGCAGGACAUGGCCCGCCAGGUGCGCGAGUACCAGGAGCUGAUGAACGUCAAGCUGGCCCUGGACAUUGAGAUCGCCACCUACAGGAAGCUCCUGGAAGGAGAGGAGGACAGGCUGACAGCUGGUGGCCCCACUCACACAGUCCACGUGCAGCAGACCAGUGGCAGCAACUACGCCAGCGCCAACUCCGGCGGCAGCUUCGGGUACGGUGGUGGCAGCAGCGGCUUUGGUGGCAGCAGCGGCUAUGGUGGUAGCAUCGGCGGUGGAUAUGGCUCCAGCAGUGGUGGUGGUGCCACCAUCAUCAAAUCCUCCAGCUCAUCCGUGAGCAGGAGGCAAUAUUAAAAGAAGUACCUGAUCCCGCUACUCAUCGAGGUUUAACCCGAGACACCGCCGUGUGCGGUGCUUUCCAUAUUCCAAUGCACAGUAACAAUGGAAAGGGAUCAGUCACUAGUGAUCUGGAACAGUUAUUAUAAGUAAUGUUACACUCUGCCAUGGAUUUGGCUUCUAGGAUCAUUAGUGACUCUCUUAAUUGCACUGUGAAAUAUCAAUGACAGGAGGUUAUGAAAAUAUAUACCAACAAAGAACCGGGCUUGAUAACUCAGGAAUGCCACAGAUGUUUACUUUCUGCACUGACAUUUGACUACUAAUGAACUCCAUUAACAUAGAUUGAAAAGCAUACCAAACGAAAUCUGAGACCAGGUUUAUUUUCAGCUGCUUUUGAAAUGUACGCCAAAGUGGAAUAAAUAAAUCUGUGAACUAAA